AUGACUAAUCGAGAUAUUGAUAAUUUAAUUGUUAUUGGAAAAACUAUGGCACAAACAUUUCUCGUUAAUGCAGCAACUCGAUUACAUCCAGUAGAAUUUUCUAAUGGUCAAGCAGGUGGUGCAGCUGCAGCUUAUGCCAUUAUGAAUCAAUUAAACAGAAUCGAUCAAUUACUCGAAGAAAAACAUCUUAUCCGUUUACAAUCAUUAGUUAAAACAUUUACACCAUUAUCAUGA